AUGUCCAGCGGUGGAAAUUCUAAGCGGUCUACUCGAAAACGGCGGGAUUUGUCGUGGGGUGAUAUGCCCCAAGACACACCCUGGGACCUGACGGACCAACCGAGCAAGUGGACUCUAGACAUGACCGAUACCCCAAUCCUGGAUAUAGACACAUGGGUGCGACGGCCGGUUGAAGAGCGCCGGAAGGAGACAGAGCAGAAAGGGAGGGUUCCACGGCCCAUGAACUGCUGUACCGGUGGGCCAAUACAGAAUCGGCACAACCCUCGAGACAUCUCCUCUAUUGCGGGAAAGAGAUGCGGAGAAGAACCACAGAGUGUCCGCGACAAAUUCCAACAAUUAGCCGAGAUUGAGCACAACGGUCAUGCCGAAGCGCACCCAGGCUACAAAUUCAAAAGGAAGGCGCGAAAAAGGCAACCCAUUGCCAAUCCCAUGGCGCAUCUUGAGAGUUCUGGAUUUUCCGAGAAUAUCAGUUGUGACUGGUCUUCCGUACAGGGGUUUGAAAUUGGCAUCCAAAGCCCUAACAAUUAUCGCUUCUCGGGCACUCAUCCCGUAGAUAUUCUGGAAACCCCCGUCGCUCCCAUUGAAGGUGGUUUCCAAGGAGGCUACUUCAAGAGCUUGGUUAGGCUUCCUGGAGAACCGCACUGUGACUUGCUGUGUCCCCAGCCAAUCCACCCCCUGACUAACACCCUCUUCGAUGGGAGCUUUGUGGACCCUCAGUGGCAAGGAAACCUGUGGCAUGUUUAG